AUGGUGAGGUUCGGGGAGUUGUGUGGUUCGUCCAUGAGUUUGAAGUGCAAAUUGCCGACUGAAGAUCUGGACGUGCUGGUUUCAAUCUCCUCCGAUGAGGAUCUCGCUAAUAUCAUCGACGAAUACGAUCGUUUCUCGUCGGUUACGCACAAGGAAUUGAAGAUCAGAGCUGUGCUUUUCCCGCUCGAAUCUGUUAAAAAAAUCUCGCCGCCUACUUCCCCCGUGUCCAGCGUUGAUUUGUCUGCGACCACAUCGCCUCCUUGUAGAUUGACCAAACUCUGUUCUGAAACUGCCGCGUCGGAGCGGUACUGGAGCGGUGGCCGGAAUACGCCGGCGGUUUUGGGAUUUCCGCCAGCUGUUCGGAAAGAUACGGCUAAAUUUCCUUACUAUGGCUGCUGUUACCAAGGAAGCCCUAGGGUUUUCCACCGCAUUCCUCUCUGGAGUCUCUGGCAGUGA